GUUAAAUAUCUUUGCUCAUUCUUUCAAAAUCAAUACAGCACCUAUUGGUAACGCACGUAAUAGUGUUGUGAUGCAAGCAAUUUUUUACAUUCUUGAGCGAAUGAUCACUCUCGUUUACAAAAGCUUGCGUCCAUUCUUGAAACCGGAGAUCUUACGUAAGAACUCCGAGAUAUUUGAAGAAAUUGUUUUAUUUUCAUUCCUAAGGAUUUAGGAACUCAGGUAUUCAGAACGGUUCCGGAUAAGAACCAAUUGACUUCAUGUCUAUCAAAUGAAGAGAAUUUGGACACAUAGUCCUUAUGUGCAACUUGGGUGUGCAGUUGCCCCCUAUGACAUUUAUAAGUUGUUGCCCCCUAUGACAUUUAUAAGUUUGGUGUCAUUGUUUACCAAUUUUCAAUAAUGCAUUUGUUUACUUAUUAAAUUAUAUUUUAAUAUUAAUUUUUUUCUUUGGAUACAUAUAAUUUUUAGAUCAGCUACCCAACAACGGAACCGAGGUUCUUAACAUUAAGAACUGAUGAUAUGGAUAAAUAAUUUAAAGGUGAAACUGAUUCAAACUAUUUUAUUUUGGAUCAAUUUUUGUUCAGAUAGUGUCCAUGCCUAGAAAAAACGACGCUUUUCGCUUGUUUUGAAGAUGACAAUUUUUGGGAAAUAAGACCAGCUUUACGCCUCAUGAGGAAUAUUAUUGCGUUCACAGAGCCCCAGAGAUCGCAUCAUCAAAUGGCUGUAAGAGCAAAAGUCUGUAAGAUAUAAAAAUCUCCAAAAUAAAAAAUCUAUCAAGUAUGGUGGUGAAAAGUGAACAAUAUCGUUUUCAUUUGGUUCAGAAGUCGAUUAAGAUAGCCAAGAUUUGCAACAGAAAUUAAAUUAUUUGGACAACCAAACAUUGUAAAUUUACAAUCACGUAUCUACAUUAUUGAAAGUACUUUUGGUAUUGUUUGAAAAUAUAUAUGGAUAACAGUAUAAAUAAAAAUUGUUUAGAAACAUAAAUAACAGUAUAAAAAAGUAUAGUGUUAUUUUAGUAAUUUCAUUAAUAUGAUUUCAUUAACUGUUUUUUCAUAUUUCACUCAGUUUAACAAUUUCAAUAAUUAUAUUACCUUAACAAUACAUCAAAUAAUUAAUUAUAUUACCAUAAUAAUAAAGUGCAGAGUUCGGAUGGAUAUGUGAAUGCAGCAUGUUCUCUAUGUGAUGAACCUUUAGAAACAAGGAAUCAUCUUUUUUUAGUGUAGAUAUUCAGCAGAAGUCUGGGAGAAUCUCACGAGAGGUCUCAUGGAAGAUGAUUACACAACAAUCUGGUUAGACAUAGUAUCAAUGAUCUCAACGGGUCAAAAUACUAUCAAGAUCUUUGUUUUGAAGCAUGUGUUCCAGGCAACUAUCCAUGGGUUGGUUGGAAAGUGAUGGUAGAAGACAUGGUGAGGCAUCCUUACCACCAAACAAGAUGAUCAGAAUGGUAGAUAGAAGCAUUCAGAACAUAUUUUCGUCAAUAUUGAGGGCAUGAGAUAAUAGGAUGGAAGGGGGAUUACAAAACUGGUUCUCAACAAGGCAGUAGUUUGAGUAUAGAAGUUAAAGUAUAGAAGUCUUUAUGGAGUAAAUUUAAAAAACAAAUUCUGAUUAAGGAUGCAUUGUAACUGUAACAAUGGUUUUUUUUAAUAAGAAUUUAACAUUCAUUCAAAAAUAAUAAUAAUAAUAAAGUGCAGAUUUUGAUUUAUUAGUGAAUCAACAUUAAAUUUGUGACAAUUAUAAAAUCAAAAAUGUAAAAUAACUGGAUUUUUCAUAUGGUUAAACGUUUGGUUUAGCUUGUUUUAUUAAAACUUUUUUAUUUAUUUUAAUUUCAAUCGGUGAAAAAUUACAUAGCCAAAAACAUAUUUUUGUGAAUAAAAUAAUAAUUUAAAUCAAAAUAAUAAAAAUAUAUUACAUUUAUUGUCACUUAAUUUUCACUCCAUAAAAUUAUUUUACUAUUUAAAAAAAUCUUUCUAUUUCAUUUAAUUUAGUCAAACACAUAGAAAAAGUCAUUUUUAUUAGUUUAUAAAAUAAGUUAGGUAUGAACAUUGGCUCCAUUUAGGUAUGAGUUGUUAUUUUCGGGUAUCAUUUUUUUUUUUUUGAAAUUAGGCUACACUUGAAUAUUAUAAAUUUAUAUGUGGAUUUUAAGUUGAUCAUUUUGGGUAUUGAUGAGUUCGGUUCUGAUGUAUAAGAACCUAAGAAUAUCUAAAUAACAAAUGUUCUGAAACAGGUUCAAAUAUGUGUACCAAAACUAACAAUAUUGUAUGAUUCAGUUCAGGUUUUUUGAAUACAAUUAGUUAUAUUAUGACUCAUCUAAAAUAUAUAACAUUAAUUACAAAAAAUAAAUAUCAAUGUAUAAAUAUAAAUAUUAAUACACGUGCUGGUACGCGGAUUAGUAUCUAGUUAUACUCAUGUCCAACAUUACAUAAAAUAUUUUUGUAUUGUUGACGGAUAAGUUGACUAUGACAUACACACUGUACACUUUUCUUUUGCUAAGAACGACCGAAAGUGAAAAGUCACGAUAAAAAGUCACGACACUGCAAAUCUCUCCUCUAACAUAUAUUUGUUGACGUCACCUAUAUGACAAGCAGCUAAUGUGAUGAUCAACUCGACAGAGAGAUAAGCGUAGAACAAACAAGAUGGAUAGUUUUUCGAGUCACUAUAUCACUAGCUCGGAAUUGUUCAGCUUUUAAAUCUAUUUGAUAGUUUAGUAUUAUCAAAUAUAAUACCCCACGCCUUCAAAAUAAGUUUUACCUCUUCAACAAUCAAUACAAAAAUAAAAGUGUUAAGAUUGCAUCAUUUCUGAUACAUCAGAAAAAAACGAUUAGGAUUACGUACAACAUAUUAACACUCUAAGAUCACCUACAAAUGCGAACCUCCAAAUUGGUAUAGUGAUCAAAACGAUUAGGAUUAACAUAUUACUAUUAAGUAAGUAAAAAUAAAUCUCUAGAUAAAAACCUAACUGGAAAUUAAUAUAUGGGGAAAAUAUGUAGUUAGCGCCAACGAAGACUGGGAAAUGGGGAAAGUAUUUGAUAAAUUUUAAGAUUUUGUUUUGUUGUACUUUGAAUGACGUGGCCUCAAUUUUCUAUUUUUUUUUACCUCAGUUUCUAUUUAUUUAUUUAUUGUAUUUGCCAGUUGAAAAUAAAAACUAUAGUAUAGAUUAGUAGAAAAAGACUUGCUACUUAUUUGCUAGUCAAUUCUCUGUAUUUGAGAUUGUAAUUUAAAAAGCUUUAAAUGAGUACUUCAACUUUAUGUAUGUACUACCCUACCACGAGGUCUGCACAAGUUUCAAGAGACAAGUACAAAUCAAUUCACAUUAUUUUUUUUGUAAACUCAUAACAUGAUUAAUAGGGUUUUGUAGUAUGUGGUUUUUAGCGGAAUAUAAGAAUUCGUUUUUUAGUGUUUUAGUAAAAAAACUAAGAACCGAUUCUUAAAUAAUUAUUUAAUUACUUAAGAGUCGUUUUUUAGUUUUUUUAUUUAAAAGUUAAGAGACAAAUUCUUAUAUUCCGCUAAAAAUCCUAAAAACUGCCUAUUAAUUAUGCUCUGAGUAUCCCGUUUGUUAGUUCAUAAUAGAAAUAAAAUAAAAUAUAUUUGUUCAACUCAUUUAUACUUACUAAAUAUUUUUGUGUAUUUGAUGGAAAAAUCCGAAAACGGUAAUUGUAAAAACUUCUACAUAUGAAUCGUAGGCUAAUCAAGAAAAGUCGACUUUAUUUUAAGUUUUAAAUAUUAAUUUAAAUAUUAAUUAUAAUUUAUUAAUUAGGAUUUUAGUUAAGUUAUAAUUCUGUUAGCGCAUAUAUUUAAGCAUAUAUUUAAGAGAUUUGUAUGAUAUCAAUUUAGAAAUAGUUACAUUUAAUUAAAAAUAUAUAUAUUAAAUAAAACUUAUUCUAGUAUAAUUUAUUUUAUUUUACAUUUUUCAUAAUAUUGUCUUAAAAUUUUAAAAUUGUAACAUGUAUAGACAACAAAUGAAAUUCCUUUAUGGCAAACAACCUCCUUAAAAAAAAGUUUAACGUAUUUAUGUCUAUAUAAUAAACAAAAUUUUGACUCAUAUAUAGAAAAGGUAUUUUUACCCAUAUAUAUAUAUAUUAAACUUCUUUUAAUAUUUUUUUGUGAUUUUGGUAACCCAAGAUUACAACCAUUAUUUUAUAUAUGACAAAAUAAUUAAAGUUGGUUAUGUAUAGUGUCUCAAAAUUUGAAUUACGUUAGAUUUGAAUUUAAUUAGUUGUUUUGAUAUAUGAUGAUGAUUAAAUAUAUCGUUUGUACAUUAUAGUUGAAUUUUUAAAUGUAAACUAUAAAAUUAAUACAUUAUCAUGUACUAUGAUGCACAUGUAAAUAAUGAAAAUUAGUAUAUUAUGUUCUGUAAAAUUUUGUUAGAAGUUAGUUAUAUAAUUAAUAUUCAUGUCAUUAGGUGUUGUAAUAAAAAGAAAAUAACUAACUGAAUCAAUUGACGAAAGACAAAAACAGAAAAUGUACCAUCUAUAUUAAUACACUACACAUAAUGCUAUGUAACUUAAAAGGUAUAAAAGCUAUGGCAAAAAAAUAAUGGUUUGGAAUAUUCUUUAAAUACAUUUAUUUUGCUGGAUGGUUUUAAUUAAUAGCUAUUAACUAAAAUUAUUGAGUGGCAUGACAUUAUAAUUAAGAAAAAAAAUCAAGGGCAAAAUCUUAUGAGAGACUUUACUUUCAUUGUAUAUAUUUCGGAAUAUUCUUUAAAUAUGUUUAUUUUGCUGAAUGGUUUUAAUUAAUACUGGUUAACUAAAAUUAAUGAGUGGCAAUACAUUGUAAUUAAGAAAGUAAAGCAAAAGCAAAAUUUUAGGAGAAUUUUUGCUUUAAUAGUAUAGAUUUAAGUUUUUGACCUACUCACAUUUCAUUAGAAAUAAAUAUCCAAACAAAAAAUUUGUUAACAAUUUAUUGAUUGUUUUAUAUUUAUUUGACUAUCUUAUACUUGCUGAAGUUCGUUAAAGUACUAAUAUUUGAUAAUAUGCACGAUAAAAAUCAAAUCCUGACAACUAAAAUCUGAUUUCAUUGAGCAUACUAGCAUAAGAAAUAACAAGACUAAUAAUGUAUAAAUAUAUAUGCCUUUUGCAAAAAUUGUAAAGUUUAGAACUUCCAAAAUAUAAAAUUGCAUUUGUAAAUAGAAAAAUAGCCAUGGCCAAGCAUAUAUAAUUACAUAGUAUGUUAAAUAAUAAUGAAUUUUAAUUUUAAUAUACAAUUCAAAACAAAGUAGUGUGUGAUCUACUUAUCAUAUAGAUUAAUAAAAUACCAAAUUUUUUAAAGUGUAUAAUUUGUUAAGAUAAAAUAAAAAUUUAAUGUUUUGAUAAUGAAAUAUAAACAGUAAGUUAUAUAUAAAAUUAAAAAAAAUAUCUGUGCUCGGCACAGGUUAAUCUCUAGUAUGAUAUUAUUAUCUGCUUUGGACUUAAACUGUUUUGUUAAAAAAAAUCCCAAAAAAAUUCAUACUGUAUGGAAUUGAUCCAUAUUUAUAUAUUUGACUUUUUUUAAUCUAAUAUCCCCGGGCUAAUAUAUGAUGUGAGACUUGGAUUAUUUAUUUAUUCCAAACAAUUUUGACUUAUUUAUUCCAAACAAUUUUUGACAUUUUUAGAAACAACACUAACAUUCGUAAAUUAGUCGUUACUUGUAAAUUAUGAUUAACUCGUCUUUUCCCCGCAAUCGCCAAAACAGUUUAAAAAUAAAAUUUCUAGACAUCGACUAUGUUUGAUCAAGUCAACACGACAACAAUGAAGAAAACAAGUACAACGUAACUGACUGUGUGCCUAAUCCAUAUUCAAUGAAAUAAUGAGGCAAUCCCCGAUAAGUUUCCAGAAACAAUCUCUAAUGAUUAUUAUUUUAUUUUUUGAACAAAUCUGUAGAUUAUUCAUCACUUCAAGCUAAGCCCAACGGUCAUAUCAAUUUGGUCACAUAGUAUAUAAUAUAUCAAUCUGGUCAUAUCUAGCGAUAUAAACUAAAAAGUGGUCGACUGCAUCGUGGUAGUUUUCAACUUUUCAAACAUGGGCGUAUAUAUUCUUUUCACAGUUUUGUCAGCUACGUCACUAUGCUGACGCGCUUCAGUGCGUCGCUACGAAAGACUUAAUUCAUGCACGAAAGUUAGGCAUACAGGGGCAGUUGUGUAUGUAUUUGUUGGCCAAGAUUUGGAGGACCUGUUUCUAAAUUUCCCAGAUAUUACGCACAUACAGGGGCAGUUGGAAUAUGGAUGAAGCUCGUAACUACGAUUAUUAUAACAAUUUGUUAUUCUUGCGAGAAAAUACAAUCAACACGUAUUUACUUGUCCGUCAAAAUAAACCAUCAUUCAUAUAAACGCAUGCGCAUGCAAAUGUACGAGUGUUAUCGGACGGUAUGUUGUUUUUCCUCCAAAUCCAACAGCCAUUGCAAUUCUUCGUUUUAAAAGAGGGUUUAAAUUCGCUAUAAACGUUCCAAAUCAUUAUCCCACCAAAUAGGAGAUUUCUAUUUACAGACUGUUUAUUUUUAGUGGGGCCGGGCGCAAACCACUCACUAUUUUACAUGUACUUGAUACUUGAAUUGUCUUGUAAGUAAUAAAAAUUUUGAUUUAUAUUUGACUUGUUAAAAACGAGUACUUGCUAUCUCGAGUACUUGAUAAAAAAUGAAUUAUUUACAAAUUACUUGCCUUGUUUUAUUAUUUGUUACUUGAGUAUUUGUAAAUUAUUUACGAGUAUUUAAAAAGUACUUAUUAAAUAAUACUAUGUUAGAAACAAACAUGAAAUUUUAUUUAUUUAUUCUACUAAAAAGAACAUGAGAAAUACUUUAAAGAACAUAUUUGUGCAUAUUAUAAAGAAGUAAGUUUAUACCGAAUAAUGAAUAACGAGUUUAAUAUCUUAUUUAGUAAUGUACCGUCUUGUUUAUUAAUUUAUAGAACUAGUUAUAGACCGAGUAAUGAGUAGCAAGUAGUUUAAUAUCAAAAACAAGACAAGUAUUAUUUUUGCAAGUAACAAGUAUUAUUUAGGAAGUAACUAAUAUUUUAUAGAAAUAGAGGCAAGUACUGGAAAAUGAAAUGAUAUUUGAUACUUACUUUAAUUUGUCUUUGCGAAUAAUGAAAUUUGUUAUUCGACUUGACAACAUCGAAUACUUAAAUUUUCAAAACGGGUACGAAUCAAAUAAUAGACAUAAAAUAAAUACCGAGUAAUGAUGCGCAGUCCUGGCAAAUUAAAUGAUAGUAUACUUCAUAUUACACUCCAUAGAAUAGUCUCUCACACUUUUUUUUUUGAAACAGUCUCGUACUUUUAAAAUCGACUUUGGGUGCAGAAAACAAAAACGUGUUGGACAGAACCAACCCAGGAAUAUGUGAAAUUUCGUUCGGAACCUCAUCCCAAACUUCCUUUUAAAAAGUCGAGUUUUUAAUAAAGUCAAGUUUAUUUAUUGUUCAGUGCAGGACACGUGAAGAAUCAACAGCGACUUGUAGCGCCCAAGACUUCGUCAUGGUUUAGGUUCCUCGCAAUCUUUUUGUCGUCAUAAGGAAUUAACAACGACUACUUUCAGUACGUUUUCUUCAAGUAAGUUUCUAAUUUCGUAAUGGAAUAAUUUUCUAAAAUUGCACUUGUUGACAAAACUAAUUUACUGUACAAAAGGAGAUUCCCAGCAAAAAAAAAAAAAAAAAAAUUAAAAAAGAGAUUCAUGGAAAAUAUGACGCUUGAGAUUUUUCCUUAGCAGAAAUCACACACACACACACAAAAACAUUGUUUAGGUCUCUUUGAGGUGGAUACGCGCCCACUCUUUGAAAAUAUUUGUAUCAAACUUAAGGGAAUAAAAAAGUGGAUUAAGCAAUUUAAUAGUUUGCAUUAUUUAAAACGUAUACAUGUCAUGAUCAACACAUAGCUUGGAGUAAUAUUUACUACUAUUUGAUCAGGCAUCCUGGAACCAUCCGAUCAGGUAUCCUGGAACCAUCCGAUCAACAACGUCUUUAUCCCUAUCUAUAUGUGAAAAUAUAUAACUCAUCAAAAGUUAUUUUAUUUAUUCACUUUUCACCCCACCAUGUAAAGCUGAUCAAUACAAAGCAUAGAGUAAUAUUUACUACUCUUUCGUUUCUUAGUAAUUAACAUUUUUAACGGAGAUUGAAAAAUUGUAUAAUAAACUAAGAUAUUAUUAUUUAAUAUAUUAAUAAUUAUACGAAAUGAAUUAAAUAAAAAUCUAUUAGUAAUUCAAAAGGGUAAAAGAUCAACUUAAUGUAAAAAAUAAUAUUGGAAUUGUUGAAUGAUAUUUUUUCGAAACAAAAAAAUAAAGCUAAAGAUUACUACUCUCUCUGUUCUGGUAAAAACACGUGUAUUAAAAAAAUCAUUGUUUUGUCUAGAAAAUAUCAUUAAAACUAUAACUUAAUGUUAUUCAACCAAUUACAAAAUAGAUUAUCAAAUAUGAUUGGUUGCACAGUUUUUAAUAAAGUAACAAUGUCUAGAAAUAUGAAAACAUCUUAUAUAUUGAAACAUCAAAAUUCUUUAAAACAUCCUACAUUUAGGAAGAGAGGUAGUAUUUUUUUAUGUAUAAACAUAUUUCAGAAUCUUUUUUUACAGUUUAUAUUUCAGAAAAAAAAAAUUAAUUAAAAGUGAUUUACAGUUGUCUUGUCCCCAACAGUUGGAUUGCUAGAAAAAAAAACACACCGAGAAUUUCCGAGAAAGAAUUAUAAAACUUCGUAUAAUGUGAGUUGCAACCACAGAAAAAUCCGCGAGAGUUCGUCGGUCAAUUUGUAACAACACCUAUAUAUAUUAACGUAACAUUCAUGUUCUCCCUCACUUCACGAAACAAAACAAUAAGGAAUCAAUCUCCUCUGCACAGGAUUGGACUUAUAAACAUAAACACACAUAACAUCAAACACCAUGACGUAUUCAACAAUGAGACGGUCACUGGAGAUUGAGUUAAUAUCAGCGGAGGGACUCAAGGUAGAUCGAAAACCGGUGAAGAGAAAGACAUUCUGCAUCGUCAGAAUAGACCAGGAGAGUAAGGCUUGUAAACCGGAUGAACUGGGUGGAAGUUAUCCGGUUUGGAAAGAUAAGAUCGAGAUGGACAUGGCGAUGAACGGUAGUGUAAGGUUUAUCUCCAUCGAGGUGUUAUAUAAAACAAGUGGUGGAGCUGAAAAGAGUGUUGGGCUCGCUAAGAUUCCAGUGACGGAUUUCAUGGGAGGUUUUGCUCCUCAAGGGCAUUUAAACUUCUUGAGUUACAGGUUGAGAGACGAUUAUGGGGACAAGAGUGGGAUCAUAAAUGUGUCAAUAAUGGUGAAGCCUGACGGUAACGGUUUAAAAUACACAUCGCCUUCUAUGGCGGCUCCAGCGGAUUAUGCGGCGUGUUCUUCACAGGCGGCGGUGGCGGCUAAUGGUCAAAUGUGGAGACCAAGGACAUCUUCAUCAAUGGCGUUGACGACUGGUUAUAGAGGUCGUGUAGUAGUAACAGGAGUUCCUGUUUGGGGUGCGUAUCCACGGUCGUCCUAAGUUCUUGUUUGUACAUGUUUGUCUGAACAGAUUUUCUUAAUGUUUUGUUUGCCAUAUAUGUAUUCCUCAAAUGGAAACGCGUUAGAAUAAUCAUGAUUGGUAUAUAAAUAAGUAUUAUGAAAUAAAAAUAAGGUACAUUUUAUCUCUGAAGUCUUUUGACAUGAAUUUUAUUGAUCAAGAAUCUUAUUAUCUGAACCACUAUAUCAAAAGCUAUUGACAUAAUACAUAUCAAAGCCUGACACUUAACUACAUGCAAAUUCUUGUUGACCAAAAAUAAAGACAAUUUCAUGGAACAUAUUGUGUUAAGUGUUAACCCGACCAGCCAUCUUUAUACUUCGCUUUGAAACCAUUUGUUCAUCAUGUUACUUCAAAACCACUACAGAUAAGAACCGAUAGCAUCUAGUUAAUUAUAUUCAAUAAAAUAUUGAUGUAAUAUGAAAACUGUUAGUUACAUGCAAUUACAAAGUGAUAUAUAUUCAAUACGUUGUAGACAUGUAACCUAUGCUAGAACUUCACACUCACAUGACAAGACGUGGGAUCAUUGACUGAAAGCCAUGUCAACGAAUGAAGUUUUAGAAUCAGACCAAUGAUGAUUUCAGAUACAUGGAAACGUGCACAACUAAGUUUGAUUUUUAUACAAG